AUGUUCGACAUGUUCAAGUCGAAAGAGCCCGAGCCGCCUGAGGAGCCCGAGAAGGCGAAGCCCAAGAUCUCUCUUGACGGGCUGAUGCAGGCGAACUCUCGCUCGAGCGAUGGACUGCCUGCACGUGGCCCCGUGAUGGCCAUGGGCGCGGGCGCGCCCAUGCUGGGUGACCUGAAGAAGACCAACUUCAAGAAACCGGAGGCUCAAUAUCAUGCGGAGGCAGGGGCUGCGCUGCAGUUUGAGCUGGAGGCGAACAAUUUCGACCUCGACGCCCGCGGCAAGUUCUUCGAUAGCGGCAGCGACAAGGAUGCGGAGUACGACAACCCAGGCUUUUUCGAGAACCUGAUGUCGGGUGGCAAGCUGCAGCGCGAGUACGACAAGCAGAUGCAGCAGAAGCGCAAGAAGUAG